AUGCACCGCCGAGGAGGAAAGAGAAUCCGCAUGGAUGAACCUCCUCCAGAGUUUGAUAAUCCCAUGACUCCCCAAGUGGAAAGCGACCAGUAUGGAGGCGCCUAUUCUCAGAAUCCUUACGGUCAAUCGUCCGGAGGAGAUUUCGAAUCUCCUCCUACACCAGGAAUGAGAAGAGUCACAAGAUCCAAAGCCAGGGGGCAGACCAAUCCUCCUCCUCCUGUCAUGUCUCCUUCCCGUUCUCCACCAAGUACCACAGGACGGGGUAGAGGAAGAGGUCGGCCUCCUGGCAGAAAGAAUACAAUUGGGGAGAUAAUACAUAGUGAUAGUGAUGAUAAUUCAUUGUAUCAUGUUAUCAAAAACAGCAAAGUUUCUUUGACUCAUAUUGUUGAUGAUUGGAUAGAAAGCUACAAGAUAAAUCGUGAAGCUGCUUUGAUAUCACUCAUGCAAUUCUUCAUAAAUGCUGCAGGAUGUAAAGGAAGAAUAACUCAGCAAAUGCAAGCUACUAUGGAACAUACUGCUAUUAUUCGUAAAAUGACUGAAGAGUUUGAUGAGGAAAGUGGAGAAUAUCCUCUGAUAAUGGCAGGUCAAACAUGGAAGAAAUUUAGACAGAACUUUUGUGAUUUUGUCCAAACUUUGGUGAAACAGUGCCAGUAUACCAUCAUAUAUGAUCAGUUCUUGAUGGAUAAUGUUAUUUCUUUAUUAACAGGAUUAUCAGAUUCACAAGUCCGUGCUUUCAGGCAUACAGCUACUUUAGGUGCAAUGAAAUUGAUGACAGCAUUAGUAGAUGUUGCUCUCACAGUCUCUGUCAAUUUAGAUAAUACCCAACGUCAGUAUGAAGCAGAACGUCAAAAAACUCAUGAAAAGAGAGCUAGUGACCGUCUAGAAUCUUUGCUUGGCAAAAGACAAGAAUUAGAGGAAAAUAUGGAUGAAAUAAAGAAUAUGCUGACUUAUAUGUUCAAGUCUGUAUUUGUGCACAGGUAUAGAGACACUUUGCCUGAAAUAAGGGCCAUUGCAAUGACAGAAAUUGGGGUUUGGAUGCACAAAUUUCAUGUCAACUUCUUGGAUGAUUCAUAUUUGAAGUAUAUUGGUUGGACCCUACAUGAUAAGGUCGGCGAGGUGAGACUGCGCUGUUUGCAGGCGCUGCAGCCGCUCUACGCCAGCGAGGAGCUGAAAGGCAAGCUGGAGUUGUUCACGAACAAGUUCAAGGAUCGCAUCGUCGCCAUGACGCUGGACAAGGAGUACGACGUGGCCGUGCAGGCCGUCAAAUUGGUCAUAUCGAUCUUGAAGCAUCACAACGAGAUACUCACCGACAAGGAUUGCGAGCAUGUGUACGAAUUGGUGUACUCGUCGCACAGGGCGGUGGCUCAGGCGGCCGGCGAGUUCCUCAACGAGCGGCUGUUCCAGCCCGGCGACCAAUCGGACGCUGGGAAGACCAAGCGCGGCAAACGCCGGUUGCCGAACACGCCGUUCAUCAGGGACCUGGUGCAGUUCUUCAUCGAGUCGGAGCUGCACGAGCACGCCGCUUAUUUGGUGGACUCGCUCAUCGAAUCGAACGGCAUGAUGAAGGAUUGGGAAUGCAUGACGGAUCUGCUAUUAGAAGAAGCAGGGCCACACGAAGAGCCGCUAGAUAACAGACAAGAAACGAGUUUGAUAGAGAUUAUGGUAUGUUGUAUAAAGCAGGCAGCGACAGGGGAAGCCCCCGUGGGAAGGGGGCCAACGAGAAAGAUGGCGUCCAUUAGAGAAUUGAAGCAGGCUGGUGAAGACAAACAGAAACUUACUGAACAUUUCAUAGUAUCCUUGCCGCAAUUGUUGGAAUUAUAUUCGGCAGACCCAGAAAAACUGGCGAAUUUACUGAGCAUUCCUCAAUAUUUCGAUUUGGAUUUGUACACAAGUGGUAGACAGGAGGGGAAUUUGCAAGCUUUGCUUGCGAAAUUGAAACAUAUAGUACAAGUUCAUCAUGAACCAGAGGUAUUGGAAACGUUGGCGAAAACCUUGGAGAUCCUGUGCACCGAGGGUCAUUCGAUCUACACGCGUUGCGACGUUGCCAGAUCGACCAUCGUCGAUAUGAUUGUGGCCAGCUACAAGGAGGCGAUCGACGAUUGGCGUAAUCUGCUUUUGGGCGAGGAAACGCCCAACGCCGACGAGGUUUUCAACGUGGUCAGCACGCUGAAGAAGGUGUCCGUUUUCUAUUCGUCGCACAAUUUGAACAGCUGGAAUUUGUGGAAUACUCUCUUUCAGGAUGUGAAGGACCAGGAGAGCACUUUGCCGCCCGAGGCGCUCAAGUACAGCCUCAGCUCGUGCUACUACAGCGUGCUGUGGGCGCUGCGCGACCUGGAAACCGCCUCCGAGGGGGGCGGUUUGGCGCACGCAGACGUCCAGGACGUGCGCCGCAAGUUGGACGAGUUCCUCGAGGCGUCGCAGGCGCUCAUCAGGACGUCGCCGCACGCCUCCAUCAAGGAAGAGUCAUAUGUGGGGCUGUGCGAUCUGCUGAUUGUAUUCAGCGAACAAUUGCAAGGUUCGACGCCGCCGCUUUCUGAUUUGGUGUGCAGGCCAGACGGGACCCUGCAAGCAUUGUUGAACGAGUUUGUGCAAACGUACGUGUUCGUGCCCGAACAAGAUGCCGAGCACGACGAGCUGCGCAUCGAGGAGUUGCACAAGAGGCGCAACUUCCUCGCCGCCUACUGCAAACUCAUCGUUUACAAUAUCAUGCCGACGAAGGCGGGCGCAGACGUAUUCAAGCACUACGUCAAGUACUACAACGAGUACGGGGAUAUCGUGAAGGCGACCUUGAGCAAGGCUAGAGAGAUUAACAAGGUGAACUGUGCACUCACUAUGUGCCUCAGCUUGAAUAUGAUGUUCGAAGAGGUUCAGCAGGCGUCAGGAGGUAGAAAUACGAGGCAGCACGAGGAGUUCUUCUCUUUGAAGGAACUGGCCAAACGGUUCGCCCUGUCGUUCGGCCUGGACGCGGUUAAGAACCGCGAGGCGAUCACCGCCCUUCAUCGGGCGGGCAUCAUCUUCGCCGUGGGCGGCGGCGAGCAGGCCAGCGAGGACCCGAUCGGCCCGCCCGCCAACCUGCCCUUCCUCGAGAUCCUCACCGAGUUCACCAACAAGCUGCUGAAGCAGGACAAGCGGGUGGUGAUGGGGUUCUUGGACAAGCGCAUCGGAACAGGAAUGCCAAGUAGUAGGGGCGAAGAUUGGCAACCGCUGCAACUCUACCGAAACUCGCUGUUGCACGGCGAGACCGAUCAAUUGCCCACCACCAGCAAAAGGGCGUACGGCAGAAAGAGGCAAAAGUCGCCGGACACCGAUCAGGAGCAGAACGACGAUCUGUCGGAUCAGGAGUUCCCUGGAAAUUUGUACGGCUGAAGUAA